UCCUUCUAGAUGUUCGCUCUUGCAUCCAAUAAAAUCCCCCCAUUCCCCUCCUCAUUACACCAAACGUUACCCCCUCUCUCUCUCUCUCUUUCUCUCCUCAGUCCACUUUUCUCUUUUGAUCUUCAUUUCCUUCAGAACCGGCCAUUUUGGAUCUGUUUUGACUUAAGUUAAGAGCAAAUUAUUGAUCAAAAAUGGAAAACAAGGAUCAGUUCCAACAAUCUUUAGAAUCAAAAUACGACUGUCUUCUCUUUGAUUUGGAUGACACUCUUUAUUCUAAGGCUUCGGGUCUUUCAGCUCAAGUCACCAAGAACAUUAAAGAAUAUAUGAUUCAAAAGCUUGAAAUAGAGGAGGAUAAAGUUCCUGAACUAUGUUCCUCUUUGUACAAGAAUUAUGGGACUACAAUGGCUGGUCUUAAGGCUAUGGGCUAUGGAUUUGACUUUGAUGACUUCCACAGUUUCGUCCAUGGGAGAUUGCCUUACAAUCUGCUUAAACCUGACCAUGUUCUGAGGAGUCUUUUGCUCAGCAUUCCUAUUCCGAAAGUUAUUUUUACAAAUGCGGACAAGAAUCAUGCGGCUAGAGCGCUUAGCAGGCUUGGAUUGGAGGAUUGCUUUCAGGAUAUUAUAUGCUUUGAGACUCUAAAUCCCAAUUAUAAGGAAGUUAUGCCUGCUGUUAGCAAUGAUGAAAUUGAGUUGGGACCAAGCAGUAACAAUGGAGAUUCAGCUCUUCCAAAGACUCCAGUUGUCUGCAAACCAUUUGACAAUUCAUUUGAUGAAGUUUUCAAGAUGCUGAAAAUCAACCCUCAACGAGCGGUAUUCUUUGAUGACAACAUCCUUAACAUCCAAACUGGGAAAAAACUGGGCCUCACCACUGUUUGGGUUGGUUGUUCUCACCGAAUUGCCGGUGUAGAUUAUGCGUUAGAGAGCAUUCAUAACAUCAAAGAAGCAAUACCGGAGCUGUGGGUAGCCGAAGAGUCCAAAAGUGUCAAAUAUUCUCGGAAAGUUGGAAUUGCAACAAUUGUACAAGCUUAGUUUAUAUGUUAUUAAUGUGACAUAAUAUGAGGGUAGCCAAGUGUUCUUUGUCUAACCCCUUCUUAUAUAUGCUUUGUACUAAUUUGAAUAUCAAUAAAAGGGUACAUUAUUCUA